AUGACCAAACUCAAGUAUGCAAGCGAUCGUUUCACACGUCAAAUCGCCCUCAUGGACCACUUUGUCAACUUCAGUUUGACAGAUCUACACUAUGAUCUCAAGGAGGGCGAGUGGAUGAAGGGGACAGAUAUCGGACGAUACCGAGGGAGGAGGCUCCACAGGCAGAAGGCGUGUCAAGUGAUUCCCUUGAAAGACGAGCUGAGGACGGUCUUCGAACGUCACAACGGAGACACAUUCUUUCGCUUGGAAAAGCGAAUGCAAGAGGCCUACCAUCGGUUCAAGCGACAAGGAUGUCACGUGUUCGAACUAGGAUGGGCGUUGGAUGGAAUGAGGUCGAAGCCCCUGGAGAGGUACAUUGAAGAAGUUAUCAGGGAGAUGGUCCAACGUCGACGCAUGCACGAGGACGAGUACAUCGCACCGGCGUGUAUCUCCUUGGCAAAGGUACAGUGGCUUCUGGCCAUCAACAAUUCCAGUGUAUCGUCGAAAGACGAAGUCAUGCUCGAAGCAGCCUACUUUCUGCGGUUCACGAUUCAUUGGGUGACGUGUGAUCCGAAAGAAGCUGGUCGCAACGUUAUCAGGAAGCAGGUACACGACGUCGGUUGGACGUUCAAGUGGAAACCUUCGACCCGCAGGCCACUUUGGGAACACCCCGAUCUUGAAGUCUAUGAAAAGACUCUCUCCAAAAACCAGGACGGUAGUGUCGAGGCUGAAUCUGGCCGUUCGUCCCGAUCGACCCUGACAGAUGAAUCCCGAGUCCCCAAUACCAAGUUGAAACUCUACACCGCCUUUGCAGAGGGUCUGACAGGGACAUCCGACGACACUUCUUUCAUCGGUCGGGCGCGGGAUUUGGCUGGAUCGUUGUUUACUCAGCGGAUAUACAGAGAGGCAGGGCUAACGGGAUCCGCAGAAGAUUUGGCCUAUUCGCCACCGCGGGAACUGUCGAAGUCCGAACAAGAGAGUGUCAGCGAAAGCGACGACGAUUCGGACUCGGAUUCUCGACGAUCACGUCGGGCGAGACGAGUUAGACGAAACAUUGGGCGUGUGUACCGAAGGAUUCCUCACGUAUUCGGUUAUCUCCGUAAAGACGGUCGUGGGGAACGAUUCCGAGGGGCUGAAACUGCGGAUGAGAUGGUUGCUAGACUCUCUGAAGCCGAGACUUACGACUUGUCUGCUCUAGACGAUCCAUCUACCAAUCUUCGGGACGCGACCUUGGGAUCCAUUCGCUCGGCGCUUAAAAUCUGGGCAGCUUUCAUGUUCAGGAGUUCCGGAAGUAGUGUGUCCACUCGCCGACCCUACAGCGAAGAGAGACACAAGCAGCACAAAGUGGGAUUCGCUCCUGCUUUUGACGUCCAAUCGUUUACGACUGUGUACAGAGCAAGAUCGUCUUCGCGCGAUAGCACAUUUAUACGUUCACAGCCUUGGCGCGUCGUUGGCCGAUCAAGCGCUGCGUUUCAGCCACGUUUCAGCUGGGCUCUCGCGCUAGUGCUUGCUCGACUGACACGUAGCGCAAUGUGUCUCGGUUGA